AUGGGUGAAAGAAGAUGCUUCCCAGGAGCUAGAGCCGAGAGAACCCUGGAGGUGGUUCGCACUAAAGCUCCACCGCCGAGGUGUCCUGAGUUUGGCUUGUCUGCAGUCCUGGGGAUAGCCUUUGGGGGCUUUCUCAUAGGGGUGUUGUUGAUCGGAGCCCUGUGGUUCAUUAAGAUCCGCACAGGACGCCCAGUGGCUCUGGCUAUGGGAACAACUGCAGCUCAUCUCACAGGGUGCCAGUGCUGUCUGACCAAGCGCCAGCCGGUGCCCACCAACCCCUCGCCCUCGGAGAACAGCAGUGCCAACGCCAGCAUUGGCAGCACCCAGAGUACCCCCACCAGCAGCAUGGCAUAGGCGCGGGCAGGCGGGCGCCUUGUCUCUCGGGCCAGACGCCUUCCUCCACCUUCACACUCCGGCA